CUGACACCACUGAGAGAUGCGCUGCUAAACGGCUUUUAUGUUUGUGACAAGAAGACUCCUCCUGACACGAUGGUUCUGACUGCACUGACCCAGUUUAGCUGCAAGGUGAAUGUUGAUGACACCAUUGAAAUGUUACCAAAAUCAAGAAGAGCACUUACUAUUCAAGAGAUUGCUGCAUUAGCACGAUCGUCACUACACGGUAUCUCCCAGGUGGUGAAGGAUCAUGUGACCAAGCCCACAGCCAUGGCCCAGGGCAGGGUAGCCCACCUGAUAGAGUGGAAGGGGUGGUGUAAGCCCAUGGACACUCCGGCAGCCCUGGAGUCGGACUUCAACUCCUACUCUGACCUCACUGAGGGAGAGCAGGAGGCGCGUUUUGCUGCUGGCGUGGCCGAGCAGUUUGCCAUCGCUGAGGCUAAGCUGAGGGCCUGGUCCUCUGUGGACGGCGACGACUCCAACGAUGACUCAUACGACGAAGACUUUCUGCCUGCCAAUGAGCCCACCACACAGAGCACAGACUUGCCGUCGUACCCUCCCUACCUGAAGGACUUGAUCCACAACCAGGUAUGCCAACAUCUGGGGCUGCGAGGGCCCUGCUGUGAGGGAGGAGGAGGAGGGGGCGAGGGAGGCGGCAGCGGAGAUCCCUCCCCCACGUCGGGCUCCCCGGACACCCUGUGCUCCAGCCUGUGCAGCCUGGACGAGCAUCACCCACUGCUGCGCGACCUGGGCGGCCACCGCGGCGCCCACUCCCACAGCAACGCCGCCGAGCUCGCUGCCAAGAUCCUGUCGGCGCUGCAGGGGGGGGAGGAGCUGCUGCUGGCCCGCCUCCAAAGGGCGGGGCAGGGGGGGUCCGGCGGGGGGGACUGCAGCUUCCACAGCCUCGGCGGGGGAGGGCGGGGCGGCAGGCCCUGCGGGGGACAAGACUCCCCCUGCUACUCGGCGUCCUACUCCGAGACAUACCUGUCGCCCGGCGAGGACGAUGACACCCCUUGCAAGGACUACGAGGGCACCAUGUGCCAGGUGGAGGCGGACGGCAACGGAGAGGAGUACGACCCCCGCAGGAGGGUGUCUGACGUGGCCUCCUCAGGAGUGGUGUCCCUGGACGAGGAGGACGAAGAGGAGGAGGAGGAAGAGGAGGAGAGGGAGGGAGGGCCAAACAACCAGUGAUUCCUCUCUCCCUCCAUCUAACCUCAGUAUUUAACCCCUCUGCCCUCUCCAUCUCGAUUUUGGAGGACCUUUUAUUUUUGCAACAACUUUUCCUCUCCUCCACGGUGUCUGAAAACUUCUGCGCAUGUUUUCGUUUUUUUUUUUUUUUUUUAACUCUCUCAUGACUCAUUUGACUGCAGUGUAAACCAUCUGUUUUUGCCUUACUUGCAACAUUUCAGAUCUCCCCCUUUCCACUCCUAACUGCUUGAACCCCAUUUGAUAUGUAUCAAAUAUAUUUUCUUUCAAGGCGUCCAAACAAUCUUUUCUAUCUGUGUGAAAACAGGAGUGCUGGACUGGCCUAACAGCCUUCAGUAAAAAGCCCAAUGAUUGACUCGUGGGUUCAGUAUGAAGCUCACUGGACAGUUGGGGUUUGUGGCUCCAAACCGCCCCAAAACAGACAAAACCACCAGGCAAACCGAAUGACUGAGUCCGAAACUCUGACUUACCUUUGCAUGUGUUCUGCAAGUGCUGAAACUGAUGGGUUGACCCGGUCUUGAGCACGGUUUGUAACCUCAGCUGUUCUGUAUAACCCCACCCGUCCCCAGCGUCUCCCAUGGGAGGGCA